AUGGAUCUAUACCCUUCAGAUGGCACUCUCCCUGGACUACAAGACAGAGUGAUUGAAGACCAUGAACUAAAUGCCUGGGCAGUUUUUGCCACCGAGACAGAUGGUUUUAGUACACAUCCCACCAAUCUCAUGCAUGGCAUUGAUGUCCCCCCCAUGGUGUCUGACACCUGUGACCCUGUCCUGGUUUUGAUGGAGAAAAUGGGUGUGUCUGACCCUGAGUGUGACAAGAUGAGUGGACAAGCAUUUACAGCCUCCGCCCUGCACAACCUGCUUCCCAAUACACAUUCACCCACCUUGCCUGAUCUGGUUCUCCAUCAUACAGAGUCAGUGGUGCCUGAAUACCACAACACUUUGCUAUUUCCAGGUAUUUAUCCUACCCUGUUUCCAUAUGGUAUUGGUGGCUUUGAGGAUUCUGAACAUGUUCCUCCUUUGGCUUUUGAAAGGCAGGCUAAGUACUUCCUCAACAUAGGUGAUUGGCGCUUUCAGUAUCACAAAACAUUUAUGUUUGUCAUAUUUAACAUGCUCCAGAGAUGA